AUGAGCUCAAAAACUGGCUUUUCCCGCUUGCCAAAAGAAAAAGAUGUCGACCACAAGCUUCUUCCUCACCAAGGAUCAAUUGAAGAGCAUAUUCGUUUAUCAAAACUCAGCCAAGAAGUGAUGCUGCGGUUGAUUGAAGACAAGCGCAUUCAAGGUGCUGCGACUCCCGCUCUUGUUCAUCCGGAUUUCCACAUGAGGAAUAUAUUUGUGUCAGCGGAGGAACCAACUUCUAUUACCGGUUUCAUUGACUGGCAAUCGACAAACAUUGAGCCUGCAUUUAUUUAUGCAAACGAGACACCUGAUUUUGCUGCACUUCCCAAUGAGCUGGAGGAAGAUGCAUCUGAGGAAGGACAAAGCGGAGUUUGUACACGUGAAUCACGAGAAUGGAAGGACGCAUUAAUCUGUCAUCAGACAUACGACGUGUGCAUGAAGGGACUCACUCCGAAAUUGCGUCCGGCAAGAUUGCUUGACCCAACUUUAUUUCGACUCUUCCACUACUACCAUACAACAUGGAGAGAUAGUGCAGCAGCAGUACGCCAAGAGCUUUUUGAGCUUUCUAAUCACUGGAAAGAAGUUGAGCUACAAGGGUUUUGUCCAUUCUCCCCAACGAAGGAAGAAUUGACAAGACAUGCCCAAGAUUAUGAAGAUUUUGAGACUGUUCAAAAGCUCAAACUAUGGCUCAAAAACUCUCUGCAUACAAACUCGGAUGGGUGGAUCCCAAACGAUACAUGGGAGUGGCGAGAGAUGCACACCGCGCAGCCUACGAUGAAUGGAUACAGACAGCUAAGGAAUCUGAGUCUCGUGGCGAAAGUAUGA